AUGGUGUUUAAUUCGGUAAACCUACGGACCCGGGCUGACCCGCCGCUGUCCGAAUACCACUUUGGUAACUUGAUUGGGGCUUCAGUGACGGAGGUGGCGGCCGGGGACGACGGCGUCGAGUUCCUGCGGAAGGUGAGGGAAGCGACAAAGGCGUUAAGCGCCGACUAUGUGGCUAGGCGGAAGGAGAGAGAGAUGCAGUUGAAAGAGGUUAUAAGGGCUCAGGCUCUAGCCAAUGAAGUGGAGGUUAGACUCGUCUUUUCAAGCACGUGCAGAUUUCCUGUAUACGAAGCGGAUUUUGGAUGGGGCAGACCCGUAUGGGUCGGGUACGGCGGGUCCCCCUACAAGAAUGUGGUAUAUUUUAUGGAUAGAAAGAGUGGAGGUGGAAUAGACGCAUUGAUUCAAUUGAGCAAGCAAGACAUGGAGAAAUUCGAAGCUCAUUUAAUGUUGAAGAGUAAUUUGUAA